CCAUAUACUUAUACUGAUAUUUAUCUUGGUUUUCAAGUAUCUGUACCGCAAGAAAAUAUAUAUAAGAUACAAACUUUAUCAUCAAAUUUAAUAUCAGGUCAUGAAGUUGUUUCAGUUGCAUCGAAUAUAUUUUUUAAAUAUGCAUUAAAUGAUACUGCUGCAUCAAUUCAAACAACAUUAAUUUAUAAAAAAACAGGAAAUUUGACAAUAGAACCAACAAUUGGUAGUUUAUUGAAUGUAUUAAGUAUAGCAUCAUGUUUUCUUAAGGUUUUACCAGCUUCACUUAUAUUAGAUGUAUUCAUUUUCUAUCUGAUAUUUUUCUAUACAACAAUAUUUCUAGUUAGUGAACGCAAAGAUAGCUUUUUAUCAUUACUGAACAUUAGUGGUUUACAUCCAGCAUGCUAUUGGCUUUUUAAUUAUUUAUUUGAUAUUAUGACUUCGAUUAUUUGGUUUUGUUAUUUACUUGCUAUGUAUUGUAUACUUGAUGUUGCUUUCAAUGGUUUACCAAGUAGUCGAACUUCAUCAACAAGUAUAAUUCCAAUUGAAUUUGCUAGUUCAUGGGAUUUACGAGUACAAUUUUAUCCAUUAACAAUAAUAAUUGUAUUGCCAACAUUACCAUUUGUAUAUCUCAUAACAAAAAUUUUCAAAAGCGAUCUUCUUUGUGGAUUAUCAGUAUUAUUUAUAUUAAUUAUUCUUCAUAUGAUUAGUAUUAUUGUACCAAUAGUUAUGUCAUUUGUUAGUAAUACAUUUAUUCAAAAAUUGAUCUAUUGGUUAUUUAAUAUUAUUUCACCAACUAUAAAUGCACAAGCUAUAGCAACAUAUAUAUUAGCACAGCAAAGUACAUUUUGUCAAAUAUUUAUCCAUACAGAUUUUUCAUUUUUUACACCUAUUGGAAAUGAUACAAUUGAAUGGAAUUGGGUAGUUCUUAUUUUACAUAUUAUUAUUUUAUUAUUAGUAUUAAUUACAAUAGAUAGUGGAUUAUUAAAAUUUUCAUGUUUAACACAUCCUUUAGAUUUAAAUUAUUCAGCAACAAAUAAAAGUCUUUUAAAUACAGAUACUAAUGAAGAAGAACAUGAAACUGAUCAUUUAACAGUUCAUGAUCUUGUAAAACGUUUUCCAGGUCGUAAUGUUUUUGCUGUUAAUCAUUUAACAUUUGGUGCUAAACGUGGUGAAGCAUUUGGUUUACUUGGUUAUAAUGGUGCAGGUAAAACAACAACAUUUCGUAUACUUGUUGGUGAUGAAUUAGCAACACAAGGUACUGCUUAUAUUGAUGGACAAAAUGUUCGUCGUCAUUUAAAAUCAAUGCGUCAAUUAGGUUAUUGUCCUCAACAAAACUGUAGUAUGGACUUUUUAACUGUUCAAAAUGGUUUAUAUUUAUUAGCACGUAUACGUGGUGUAACUUUUUCACGUAUACAUUUAGUUGUUGAAAAAAUUAGUUCUUUAUUUUUACUUGAUCCAUUUCUUAAUAAUUAUAUUCAUCAAUUAAGUGGAGGAACUAAACGACGAUUACAUGCUGCACUUGCAUUAAUUGGACCACCAUUAGUUGCAAUUCUUGAUGAACCAACAACUGGGGUUGAUCCAAAUGCUCGACAACAAAUGCAAGAAAUAUUUCUUAAUGCUGUUAAAGCAAAACUAACAAUUAUAUUAACAAGUCAUUCAAUGGAUGAAUGUGAACGUGUAUGUAAUCGUCUUGGUAUUAUGUUUAAUGGUCAAUUAGUUUGUUUGGGUACAAUUCAACAUUUAAAAUCAAAAUUUGGUCAAGGUUAUACAAUUGAAAUUAAAGUUCAUUCAACAUCUAAUGAUGUCAAUGCAACAACUAUUCAAAAUGUUCAAUCAUUUUUAUUAUCACAAACACAAUUGAAUGUUGAAAUUAAAGAACUAUCAUAUUCAACAGGUUCAUUUCAAGUUAAACAAGGUACACCAGCUGAUUUAUUUGAAUUACUUGAACAAAAUAAACAAUAUUUAAAUAUUGAAACAUAUACAAUAUCACAAACAACACUUGAACAAAUAUUUUUAUCAUUUGGUAAACAAGUCAAUGAUACUUUACAAUGA